AUGCCACGUCUCGAUGGUGUCAUAAGACCAUCAGUUCGACGACCAUUGUAUUAUUCCUCAUUUCAUUUACUUUGUACACAUCAAAAUAUUUCUGGAAAAAAUUAUUACGAUAUUUUGGGAGUGAAACGUGAUGCUUCAAUUGCUGAAAUUAAAAGUGCUUUUUACAAAUUAUCAAAAAAGUAUCAUCCGGAUGCUUUAAGGAAAACAAAAGAUGUUAGCAUAGAUGCAACAAUUUAUUUGGAAAUUAAAGAUGCAUAUGAAGUACUGAAAGAUAAGAAAAAACGACAAAAUUAUGAUUCAGAACUUACCAAAACAUUUAGUACACAUCGAACAUAUGGGAAGUACAGCGAUGGCAGUGGUCAAAAUUUUAAAAAAUACGAUUCAUCAAAUUUUUAUGCGAGAACACCGCAGUAUGAUAAUGACAAAUGGUACGAAUGGUAUCGUAAUCAGUAUAUGGAUCAAAUGGAAACACGUUGGAUUCGAAAAAAUACUGAAAACUAUUGGAUGAAAGCGAUGUUGGCUUUUUUCGUGAUAUCUUUUAUAUUUUCGAUGGUUAUACGUAUGCGAACUGAGCAACUUCGACGAAAAGAAUGGAUUGAAUUUAUGGUGCGAAAAAAUAAAAUAUACGAAAUGGAAAUUAAUGAUUUAAAGCGACAUCCAGAAGCAGUACUAAAAUUCGAGAAAGAGAACGAUAUGACUGCAAUGGAAGGAAAAGAAGAAUUGUAA